UUCUCCCGAGGCCAAGCCUGACAUCUCCGCUGAAGCUGCACCAACUGCAGCCAACGUUACCUCCUUUUCCCCGGUGAGUCGGCCGAGUGCAGAUGCCGCCGCUCAGUGGAGUCUGGCUAGAGCACCCCGCAUUCAUGAAGAUCAGCUGUGGGACUUUUUUCUACGGGGACAGGGACGACCUUCUCCCAUGUUGGUCCGCCCCUGACGAAACUCCCACAGCCUACGAGGCCGGGGUGCACACCGCCUCACCAACCACCGCAGAGGUUCCCACCGCACACGCCACGGCCCAAGCCUACGUGGGUGUGCGCGCAUCCGCCGAAAGCUCCGCUCUGCCGGCCGCCGAAAGCUCCACUCUGCCGGCUAUAGUUGAGGCUCCUGCUUCGCUGGUCACGCUGGGAGUUCCCGCUGCGCACGCCACGGCCAAAGCCUGCGUGGGUGCGCACAUCUUGCCGCCGCCACCCAACGUGAGAAAGGACCCGCCGGCCGACGAGAGAAAAGCCCCGCCGGCCGACGCAAGCCCCGCUCAGCCGGCCGACGCAAGCCCCGCUCAGCCGGCCGACGCAAGCCCCGCUCAGCCGGCCGACGCAACCUCCGCUCAGCCGGCCGACGCAACCUCCGCUCAGCCGGCCGACGCAACCUCCGCUCAGCCGGCCGACGCAACCUCCGCUCAGCCGGCCGACGCAACCUCCGCUCAGCUGGCUAUAGCUGAGAUUCCUGCUGCGCACGCCACGGCCAAAGCCUGCGUGGGUGCGCACAUCUCGCCACCGGCAGUUUUCGCUGACGCCCCGCCGGCCACCGAGAAGAAAGACCCGCCGGCCACUGAGAGAGAGGACUUGCCGGCUGCCGGGAAGAAAGGACAGCUCGAGGCCUCCGAUGGAGCUGCUGUGCCUCAGCCCGAGGCCUCCGAUGGUGCUGCUGUGCCUCAGCCCGAGGCCUCCGAUGGUGCUGCUGUGCCUCAGCCCGAGGCCUCCGAUGGUGCUGCUGUGCCUCAGCCCGAGGCCUCCGUGGGUGCACACAUCUCGCCGCUGCCGGUCUUCACUGACUUCCCGCUGGCUGACGAGAGAAAAGAGCCGCCGGCCGUCGAGAGAAAAGACCACCCUCAAGCUGAAGUCCUGCAGUCCCGCGAGGGGGUCCCGGUGGACCCGCUUCCUCCCUACGCUCCCGAGUCCAGCGAGGCGGUCCAGGGGGACCCGCCUCCAGUCUACGCUCCCGAGUCCAGCGCUGACCCAGCCACGACGAGGUCGCCCACCGCGACGCCCGCCUCUGUUCCAGCCUCGCCGGGGCCGCCUUCCGCGACGACCACCACCAAAGACCCUGCCGUUCCGCCGCCCGAUGACUGCGCCUCGCCGGGGUCGCCCACCGCGACGCCCGCCGUCGUCCUCCACGGAGCCUGCCGAGGACUCUGCUGCUCCUUCGCCUGCCGCGCCCAGGUCGUCCUCCACGGAGCCUGCCGAGGACUCUGCUGCUCCGUCGCCUGCCGCGCCCAGGUCGUCCUCCACGGAGCCUGCCGAGGACUCUGCUGCUCCGUCGCCUGCCGCGCCCAGGACGUCCUCCGUUGCUCCCAAGCCGCCGUUCAAGAGGCGUUGCUCCCAAGCCGCCGUUCAAGAGGCGUUGCUCCCAAGCCGCCGUUCAAGAGGCGUUGCUCCCAAGCCGCCGUUCAAGAGGCGUUGCUCCCAAGCCGCCGUUCAAGAGGCGUUGCUCCCAAGCCGCCGUUCAAGAGGCGUUGCUCCCAAGCCGCCGUUCUCAAGUUCCCCGAGUUCCACGCUCUCAAGCCGCCUGGGAUUCGGCCUUGA